GCCUGUACGGGCCGGUCAGAGGGUCACGGCAAAGUGCGAAGUCCUGCCGCGGCUUUCUCCCCGUAAUGACGGCCUGUCGCAGCUCACCAGCCCGGGGUGAAAUCAAUCUGGGCACGGUUUGCGCGGCUUUGCCGGCCCGUCAGAACGCGUUCGUCAGCCUGCAGGAUUCCCGCAGACCGUGAACAGGCCACUUUCCUCAGCCAACAACGCGCCGCGCAAUUAGUGCCAGAUCAGGUGUCCAUCCUUUUAACCCGGGAAAGCCGAGACGGGGUGUUUUUGUGUGCGAGUUUCCCAGUUCGCACAACAAGCCCGUGACCUGUGGCUGGCCGGAUCCCGAAAUCCGGGCAGAACUAACUCCGGUGUGUCGGGUUACCCAUGCCGCCUCUGUCCCACACUUCUGUUAUUCUUGCCAGUUUCUUCACGAGCGACGGUUAAGUGCUGUGGGCUUUUGUGCCGAGGACUCUUCAGCCUGUGAGUGGCGCUUCUGGAUGGAUUCUACGUAACCUGGCGAUUCGCGGCCGACAGAGGACAGCAAACAGCGCGGAGUGGAUCGGAGUUCGGGAGAGGAAAAGCAGAAAAGUGCGCGUUUGGCUGGAGGCGGUGUGAAGUCCUGCAGAGCUGUGAGAAGUCCGUCCGAUCUGCACAGUGGAGCAGAAGUGGCUGUUGGUGAGACCGGGCGCACAGAGGGCCUGGCGGCGCCGACCAUGCUGGAUCUGUGCAACAAACGCUGGCCGAGGAAACUGCUGCUGAUCGCGUGUCUGCUGUCCGUGCUGGUGUGUGUACUGAUCAGCUACCGGGAAUGCUGCCAGCCGCGGCGGCGGGAGGACCUGGCGGACUGGGGCCGCGGCAGGAACAUGGUCCGCUCCGUGUGGGACGAGGAGAUCUCCGAGACGUUCCUGUCGGGGCGGCGGCAGUACCGCAUGCACCUCCAGCAGGCCAGGUACGUGGACGCCAACUAUAACAUCGACGUGCGGGACGACCUGCCCGCCAACCCCGGCCCGCUCGACCCGGACCGCCGCGGCAGGAGGGACGGCACCCGCCGCCACCGCGUCCGACAAACCAACCCGCACAACCCGCUCGCCUUCGGGUACCGCGACGACGAGGACAGGUCCUCGGGCACCGACGCCACCCUCAACCCGCUGUCCUCCAACCUGAACGCCAGCAGGAAACUUCCCCAGGUUAUUAUUAUCGGGGUAAAGAAGGGCGGAACUCGCGCUCUGCUGGAGUAUCUCCGUCUGCACCCCGACAUCAGGGCGGUCGGGCCAGAGGUGCACUUCUUCGACAGGAAGUACGAAAACGGACUGGAGUGGUACAGGCGGAAGAUGCCCCCCACCAUCGCCCGACAGAUCACCAUGGAGAAGACUCCGAGUUACUUCAUCACGCGGGAGGUUCCGGCCCGCGUCUACAACAUGUCCCGCGAUGUCAAGCUGCUGGUCGUCGUGCGCGACCCCGUGACCCGGGCCAUAUCAGAUUACACGCAGACCGUCAGCAAGAAAAACACAAAAAGGUUCGAGGAGCUUGCGUUUAUCAACAACGCGACGGGAUUGGUGGACACGUCGUGGAGCGCUAUUCGCAUCGGAGUGUACGCCAAACACUUGGAGAGGUGGCUGCAGUACUUCCCACUCAGCCAGUUUAUGUUCGUUAGCGGUGAGGAGUUAAUUAGCAACCCCGGGAAGGAGAUGGGACUCGUGCAAAACUUCCUGGGCAUCAAGAAGGUGGUGAGCGAGAAACAUUUCUACUUCAACCAAACGAAGGGCUUCCCGUGCCUGAAGAAGAAGGAAGGCAGCAGCAGCCCGCACUGCCUGGGCAGAACUAAGGGGCGAGCGCACCCCGACAUCGAGCCCAACGUGAUACAGAGACUACGAGACUUCUACAGACCCUUCAACAUGAAAUUCUAUCAGAUGACGGGCCGGAAUUUCAACUGGCCGUGAGCCUGGGACAGGGUGAUGUACACAGUGAAACCAGGAGGUACUUCUGCUGUCUGUGGAAUUCUUCUGUUUGUUAGGACCAAACUCGGGAGGCUCGGCAGGGCAAGUGUUCUGCAAGUGUUCUGUGGCUGUUCGUCUGUAUGUCAUCAUGAAGGCUCAAGUGUUCUGUGGCUGUUCGUCUGUAUGUCUUCAUGAAGGCUCAGACCUUUGAGGGAAGAUAGCUUCUCAUGUAAGUCUUCAAUACAAACAUUUCAUUAUUAAAUGAAACUUCAAAUUUAAAACUUACAAAUCUUGAAACUCUACAAACUCAAGUAGGAUACCUUGGAACACCAGUAUGAUACCACAGAACACUUGUCCUGUGUGAUGCCUCCCCUUGACAGGAGUCAAACAUGUGCAAAUUAGACACUCAGAGUAAAGACUUAACCUGUGCAAAUUACACUUCCUGAACACCUGUAUACCUGUCCCUCAGGUGUUCCAUCAGUCACCCGUCCACCCUGGUGUGCGGCUGCAGGUGCACCAGGUGGACAGGUGAGAAACCCUCAGCCAUUUCCAAGAAAUGGCAGAAAGCGGGGCAAAUCAUUUUGAAUCUAGGGGAUCUGUGUCAAAAAGAGGUAAACCAUGAUUCUACGCGUGUAUCGCUAUUAUAAAUGCACAGACAGAUUUGUCUGGCCCCGUUUUGUGCAGAGAAACACAUAACGUUACUGUAUUUGAGAACAGCUCAAAUGCUACUGCAGAAAAUUUGGCCUCUAUUUUGGCACCCCCUAGUUUCUGAAUGGUAUAUCCUGUAUAUGAUUUUUCCAUGUACAGUCCUGUAUAUAAUUCUUGCCAUGACUUUGCCAUAUUGGCAACCUACGGGUACAUGUAAAAAUACAAAUGGAAUUUUGUUCCCCUGAUCCAAAGCCUACCCCAAAAGUUGAUUGUUGAUACACUUUUGUUGGGCACGGUCCAUCAGGCCAUGACAGUAGAUAAUGCAGACUAGGGACAACACUUUCUAACGCUAACACUAACACCGACAAAACCCAGAUAGAGUCCCAAUAUUUCAUCACUUUCCAAGCCUUGGCAACCUCCAAUCAUGAACACCCAUUUAUCAUGAAACAGUUAAUCAGCACAAGCUGAACCAGUCCCAGAACUGGUUUGUUCUGUCCGGGACCUUGGAAACCACAAAGUUUGAAGUAGACCUCCCUGAAAGUAUUGAAACCCUGACCGAAUUUCUCUGCACACUAUGAUAACGUAUUGCGCCAUGUUUCCUUGUUGCGCCUGGAGAGCAGCAAAGCUCCUGGCAGGAAUGUCUGUAAUUUGGACCAUCAGCAGACUAGUUACUGUGGCAUGAAGGAUCCCACCUGCAGUUCCUUAGGGAAUGUCUUUAAGACGCAGGUGUGCAGGAAGGAGUAAUUCCUGUGUCUCCAGAAGGGUUAGUCAGGUCCAACAUGGCCGUAACACAGUUCCUGCUAUUUCUUACAAUCACGGCUCAAAAACAUGAAAGCUGCUUUCUGUUACCUGACCUGAAACACUCCAAGUUGUCAGGAAUUUUCCUUAGGCUUUCGAAAUGCUUCGUUCAUGCCCCACUGUAAGUACAAGCUUUAAGUUAAUGAGUCUUUUAGCUACCCCGCAAAGUGGUAAAUUGUAUCCAAACUCGCAAUCUGGAAACAUUUUGUGCACAUUACAGUUUGCGCGUACACAGAUCCCCCUAGGUCCCGCACUAGACUACUCCACCCCUGGUGAUCAAAUAUGUCUCAUGUUUGGAGGUAAAACAACAAUUGGCUAACGAUGUUGAUUGCUGAGCUCUGGCAUUAAAUAUUGUUUCUCUUUCUGAACUAACCAAACAGCAGUAAUCUGUUUACUUCAGCUUUCCGCCUGUUUACACCCAAACUGCUGUUUUUGUUUAGCAGACUUCAGCCUGGGUCUGGAGCUUGUUAAUUCCCAGGAACUUCAGGGAUUCGAUGUUAGUGGAAAUUUAGUCAUUCCUUCCCUAAAGGAACUUGCACAUGGUCACGGUAGCAACAUGCAGACAUGAACGUUACUUUGUCUGUUACUGUUUCAUACAUUCCUUCCUCCCUGUCCCUAACUAUGUUUGUAUAUAGUUUUCUUUGAUAAUAUUUAUACUUGGGGUCAGAUUCUGAAGAGUCUAUAUAGAGCAUCCCACGACAACCCAACUUGUACAUUUCCUUUGUGUGAUAUUCACACGCCAGAGUUCAAGAAUAAAUGACACUAUUUUCUUGGA